AUGAAAAGAAAAGAAAAGAGACACGUGUCAGGCUAUGAGCCAAAGUUUUUUUUUUGUAUUUUCUUUUUUUGUCUCACUUUCUUCUCUCCUCUCACUUUCUUCUCGUGUUCUCUGUCACAAAAGAACGAGAGAAGCGGUGAACGAUCGAAACCCGCGACCGAGCCUCCACCACUGAUCCUCCACCACCGAUCCUCCGUCUUCGUUGUCGUCUGGUCGUCUUCUUCGUUAGAGAGGAAGGAUCGAAACCCACCACUGAUCGGAACCCACCACCAAUCGAAACCCACCACCGAUCGAACCCCACCACCAAGGACGACGACUCUCGCGCUCCACACGGUGUCUCCUCCGUCUGCUCUCGUCAUCUCCUUCAGUAGAGGAAUCGAAACCCACCACGAUCGUUCGUCUUCCCUCGUUUCGAUCCUCCGUCUUCUCUCGGUCCUGACGGUGUCUCCUUCGUCGCUUCUCGUCUUCGCCGGCAGAAGGACCAUGCAAGAUCACUCAGACGACGAGUGUCUGGGUCGUCACGGCGUCUCCGCCGUCGGUCUUUCAGCUCUGGCUCACGAUCUCUUCAAUUUGGAGAUCACUUCCCAAGGUUGAGGGCGAUGUGAGCAGGUGCUUUGAGUCCCCACAGUCAACCACUUCUUGAGACUGUCGUUACGAGACAAAGAAGUCACAAGACGAGCAGUCACGAGAGUUUUGUAUGCGAUCGUUUUGUAUGUUUGUGACAAGAUGGGUUUAUAUGUUGGUCACGAGAUGGUUUUGUCACAAGCACGUUUUGUAUGUUUGAGUCGAGAUCGUUUUGGUAAUGCAAGUCUCUCUUACUCUAUAUAAACUCAUUGAAGUCACAAGUUUUAAACACAACUCUCGAGCACUUCUUCUCU